GCACACUGGCAGGAGCGUUUAAACAGUGACCGCGCACGCACGCUAAACCUUCAUCCCGCUCCUCUUCACUUUUGUCUCUUUCUCUCUCUUCUCUUCAGAGGAGCGUUUAAUUAACACUCUGCAUUCAACUCCACUCUUCAAAUUCAAACCCCAACCUCCAUUUCCCAUUUUCAUUCUGCGCGUUCGUUGUUUCCAUCACAGAAACUAUAAAACCUCCUCCAUUCUUUUCUCUUCUUCUUCUUCUCAAGGUAGAAUUCUGAGAUGGACCGCAAGGGUUGGCCCUGGAAGAAAAAAUCAUCUGAUAAAAUCUCAAAGGCUGAGAAGCCAGUGGAUACACCUGAAUCUGUUGGCUCUACCUUGUCUUCUGUGGCAAAUCUAGGAGAUCAGAAGGAAAACUACAAAAAUAAGAACUAUGUUCAAAUAUCCAUGGAAUCAUACACACACAUUUCUGGAUUGGAAGAUCAAGUUUUAAACUUAGAGGAUCAAGUAAAAAGUUUGGAAGCAAAGCUAUCUGCAGCAUGUUCGGAAUUAAAUACAAAGGAAAAUCUAGUUAAACAGCAUGCAAAAGUUGCUGAGGAAGCAGUCUCAGGUUGGGAGAAAGCUGAUGCAGAAGUUGUUUCCUUAAGACGCGAACUAGAAUCUAUGACACUCUCAAAGCUUAGUGUUGAUGAGAGAGCAUCUCACUUAGAUGGAGCGCUGAAAGAAUGCACGAGGCAGAUAAGAAUUGUGAAGGAGGAAAGUGAGCAGAAACUGCAGGAAGUAGUUCUUUUGAAAUCCCAGCAGUGGGAGAAAAUCAAGUUAGAGCUCCAAGCACAGAUAAACAAAUUGGAUAAAGGACUUCGUGAGGAAGCUUGUGAAAACGCUGCCCUUCUGAGAUCACUUCAAGACAGUUCGAAUAAACUAGUCAAACUAAAGGAAGAAAAGUCAGAAGCUGAGGCUGAGGUAGAGCUUCUAAAGAAGAAUGUUCAAUCAUAUGAAAAAGAAGUAACUUCAUUGAAGUAUGAGCUGCACGUAAUGUCUAAGGAGCUGGAUAUCCGAAAUGAAGAGAAGAGUAUAAUUAUGAGAUCUGCAGAUGUGGCAAACAAACAACAGUUAGAGGAUGUUAAGAACAUUGCCAAACUAGAGGGUGAGUGCCAAAGACUUCGUGUUCUGUUGCGAAAGAAGUUACCUGGGCCUGCUGCAUUGGCACAAAUGAAGCUAGAGAUUGAGAGUUCACACCAUGUCAUCAGUGGACCUCAUCUAAGAAAAACUGGUAGCCUGCGAGAAUCCAAGUUUCUUACCAAACAACUGGAGGUUUUGGAAGAAGAAACAAAAACAUUGAAAAGAACUUUGGCCUCAAGUAAUGCUGAGCUGCAGGCUUCUAGAAACUUAUACGCGAAAACAGUUGGCAUACUUAAGAGCUUAGAAGCAGAGAUGCAGGUUCUUCACCAAGAAAGAAGUGCCCAGAAAUCAGUUUUGGCAAACAAUUAUAGAAGUUCUAGCAAUCUGCCAAGCAUCACUUCUAUCUCUGAUAGUGGGCAUAGGGAUCCAGAAAAUCCUGUUGAGUCACAUGCAACCUCAAAUUGUGACCAUUCUGAUACCGGUAGAGAUAAAAGUUCAGGUAAAUUGGAUAAUCACAAGAGUGAAACCUUCUCUGAACUGAUGGACGACUUUCUGGAAGUGGAGAAAAUGGCAUGUUUACCAGACAAUGGCAGUGUACUUAUUGGCAAAGUCAAUGACAAUUCUGAAGUUAAGCAAUCAGAUGAGACUCCUAAAGCCAGAGAGACCAGCUGUUCUCCUAAUCAAAAUUGUUUUGACACUACAAAGCCGGAAAUAGAGCCUGAUUCUGACAAUGAUUAUCUUACCAUAUUGAAGAGGCUUCAAUCUUUAAUUUCUAUGGUCAUUAAUGCUAAAACAAAGGACUCCAAUACUUGGAUGUUUUUUGAGGAUCUUCGAGGUACCUUGUCUGAAUUGAGAGGUUACCUUCCACCAAAUUCAGAAUGCCCUCUCUGUUUGAAAUCUAAUCUCAAUGAUAGAGAAUUGGAUAGAGAUGAUUGUUUUACUCAACUCAGUUCAAAUUUUGAGGUUCCCGGAGAAGUUAGUCCAGGUUCUGAGUUGAAAGAUAAAACAGCUGAACAUGAUGAGUACUUGCAAGAUCAUGAGGAAAACAUGCAGCUUAUGGCAGAACUGAAAGCACAAUUGGCAUCAUCUCAGGAAUCACACAGCUUGGCUGAGAUUCAGCUGAAAUGCAUGACAGAAUCUUAUAAGGCACUUCAAAUACAUGUAGAGGAGUUAGAAGCUGAAAUUAAGUUUUUAAAGGAAAGGGUAGAUGAACUAAAGAACAAUCUUGCGGAGGAGAAACAAUGUCAUCAUGAUGCUUUAGUGAGGUACAAAGAAAUUGAAGAGAAAAUGCAAAGGAACAAGUGCUUGGUGUGUGCAUCAAAUUCGGCUGCAAACAAUGACAUCAGUACUGCGAAGGAUAAAGAGCUAGCAGCUGCAGAGAAAAAGCUAGCAGAAUGUCAAGAGACUCUGCAUGUACUUGCUAAGCAAUUGCGAGCUAUGUGUCCUCAAAUAGGCGUAACGAUGUCUCAUCAUAAUAAAAGGCUUCAAAUGAAUGAAAUGAUAGCUAAACCAACUUGUGGGUGGUCAAAUUCUUGCGGGUCCAGUAACUCAAAUGAAAUUGAUCAGGCUGAGGCAUCUAGCGCGUCUUCUGAUUCUGACAUUCAAGGAGUGAUUGAUGAGUUUUCGUCGCAGAAUUUCGGGUCCAUAUCAGAUACUGAAGGCAAUUUUUCAUUGAAUUCUUCAAUAGGCUCAAGCCAUCCUGGUAUUGAAUCAAAUUCCUAUUCUUCUGCUUCUGCUAAAGGGAAGCAUGCACAAGGUUUGAGCCACUUCUUUUCCUCAAAAGAGAAGAUUAAUCACUAGCAUUUUUUUUGCUUCUUCUCUUCAAAAGAGAAGACUAAUCACUGGCAUUUUUUGUUGCUUCUCAAGUAUCAGAGGGAGCUCCCUGAUGAUAUUUGUACAUAUGACUAUAUAGUAAAAAUUUGUGGAGAGUGAUGUCUGUGUCUGUAUUCUCCUGAAUAUUUUUGAAUUUAGGUAAAUCUUGAUUCCAUACAUCACACUUCUAUGCCAUGAAUCAGUGAAGCUUCACCAAAUAGACAAUGAUACUCUUCCAUCAUUCUAUUA